UUCAGUUUCCUCAGACACAACAGAAAACAAAAAAAACAUAAUCAUCCUCUCCAGGUGCUUCAUUCAACACUUACACAGUCACUCGAAAAUGCAUUAUCCUAAUAACAUCAGACCCGAAUUCGUCGGAGCUCCAGCUUCAGAGCGUGACUCGACCCGGAACAGGUAUCAACAGAAGGAGCAGUUGUCACCGGAGCAAGAGCUCUCGGUUAUAGUCUCCGCUUUGCAACACGUUCUCUCAGGGGAGAAAGAAACGACGCCGUAUCAGGGCUUCUCCAGCAAUAGCACAGUGAUAAGCGCGGGAAUGCAUUCCGACACGUGCCAAGUGUGCAGGAUCGAUGGUUGUUUAGGCUGUAACUACUUUUUCGCGCCAAAUCAGAGAAUCGAAAAGAAACAACAAGUAGAGGUAGAAGAAGGGGUUACUAGUAAGAGUAGUGGAAGAGAGAGCACGGUGGUGGCGGCGGCGGCGACGGGGAAGAUAAGGAAGAGGAAGAACAAGAAGAAUGGAUACAGAGGAGUGAGGCAGAGACCUUGGGGGAAAUUUGCUGCAGAGAUCAGAGAUCCCAAGAGAGCGACACGUGUCUGGCUCGGCACUUUCGAAACAGCUGAGGACGCGGCUAGGGCCUAUGAUAGAGCAGCUAUUGGGUUCCGUGGGCCGCGGGCUAAACUAAACUUCCCCUUUGUGGAUUACACUUCAGCUACUACUUCUUCCUCUGUUCCAGCUGAGGAUACAAGAACGAAUGCAAGCGCGAGUGUAAGCGCAGUGGAUUCUGUGGAAGCAGAGCAAUGGCGUGGAGGAGAAGGAGGAGAUUGUGAUAUGGAGGAGUAUUUGAAGAUGGUGAUGGAUUUUGGGAAUGGUGAUUCUUCGGAUUCAGGGAACACUAUUGCUGAUAUGUUUCAGUGAUAAAUAAAAGAAAAAAAAAAUGAUUCUUUUCAGAUUAAAUUGUAGUUACAAAGAUGUAGUUACUCGUUCAUAAAAAAAGAGAAUUGAUUCUUCUCAGAUUAAAUUGUAGCGUGUUUUAUAGUUAAGUGCAACAGGAGAGUGAUAGUGGCUUGGCUUGUCAAAGUGAG